AUGAAGGGGGGAAAAAGCAAUGCCAAGACAUUUUCUUCGUCUUCUUCGAAACCGAAAGCCGCUAAAGGUUGUAGUACCAAGGGAAAUAAUAAAACACGCACGGGUAACAAGAACAAUAUUUUUGCCGCCGGUUCUGGCACAACUUCUGUCGCACCGCCACCACAACUGGAACAAAGUCGUCCAAGCUCGCAAUUAGUACAUCAACUAGAGCACGAGAACCUCGAGGACAACUUUGAAUCCACCACCGAACAGCGGUACCAACGACUGAACCUGGAAAACCGCAACCGGGCGCAUUUUGAAGAAAAAGAGCAGAAGCAGAUGGUGAAGAAGCCGGUGCAAUUUCGGUGGACGGACAAACAGAAGAUGAUGGCGAAGGCACGCAUGCACGAAAAGUUUUGGUACAAGAUGAUAUAUCCC